CAGAAGACCCGUUUAUGAACGAACCUCUCGAGUGCUGUAAUGAACGUCCUCUAGCAUCUACAGAGCUAAACUAAAGCUUUUUAAACGGGCCGAACGGGAUCAUUACGGCAUUAUGAACUUUUAACACCGGACACCUAGAAUCUGUCAGGAGAUUAAGGUACAGGCCAACAGCUGCCAGCUUGGCGGGAGGAGCAUUUCCUGGCCUGAAUGCGAACCGACUGCAGCUGGAGCAUGUCCACUGCAGGCUUGACUGCCCAGGAGAUCUGUUUACCCGCACAAAGCCUAUUCCUGCGGGACAGCCAUUGGCAUAGCAUGGCCGGAGCUAAGCCCUCUUGGAAAUACCAUGAUAUACAAAACUUAUACUUCACCAUUGAUUCUUCUAUGGAUUAUAACAUUCAGUCCCAGCAACAGGUGCUGCCAUCAUUCUCAGGAGUGGAAAAACAGCGGACUCAUCUUCAGUCACAAAACAGCCCAGGAGGCCAGUCCUUGCCCCCAAAAAAGCCCAGACCUUCCCAACUCACCUUGCACACGGACCCUUUCACGUCCAGCCCUGCCGAAGACGACCAAGUGGUUCCCUGCUUUCAACGUCUAACGGUAUCUGACCGCAUCAGUCCUCCCCAGACGCCCAGCCGAGUCACCAAACCCCUUCCCCCAAUUCCCGGUUCAGCAGAGCUUUCCCCGGAUCAGGCUAUGGACAGUGAGGUAGAGUUCUUUAAUGGAGAUGACAAUCGCUGCCUAGUUUCCGAAUCUUGCUCAAAACACUCUUCGUUCCGCUAUGGAAUGCCCAGUCGAAGGAGUUUCAGGGGCUGUGGACAGAUUAACUACGCAUACUUUGAAGGUCCAACAUCCCUGCAGAAGAAGCAGACGCAGCCGCAAAAGCCAAGGAAGGAGCGGGAAAACCAGCAGAGGGAACAGGAGCUCCGUGACCAGCACCAACUGCAGCAGCAACAGCAGCAGCAAAACUGUCUCCGACAACAGGAACGUACACAAAGGAAGCUGCGGCGUUCCCAUUCUGGCCCCGCCGGCUGCUUCAACAAGCCCACCUCCUUCCGGCUGUCCAGUCACCACCAAAACAUGCAAGGCCUGGAUAAACCGGAAGUUCCUCCCAGAGUUCCUAUUCCCCCACGACCAAUCAAGCCUGGAGACUACCGCCGCUGGUCAGCCGAAGUCUCAUCAGGAGCCAACAGCGACGACGACCGACCUCCGAAAGUACCUCCCAGAGAACCUUUAUCCGGCAGUAGUUCCCGCACCCCGAGCCCAAAGAGCCUUCCAGUGUACCUCAACGGGAUCAUGCCCCCAACGCAGAGCUUUGCCCCGGACCCUAAAUAUGUCAGUCGUGGCCUGCAACGACAGAAUAGUGAAGGUUCCCCGUGCAUUCUGCCCGUCAUGGAGAACGGCAGGAAAGCAAGCACCACGCACUACUUCCUUUUGCCGCAACGUCCGUCGUACCUGGACAAACAUGAGAAGUAUUUAACAGACAGCACAACGAGUCGAGGCACGGAUGCCUCGGAUUUGAGUUCGGACUGGGACUGUCAAAGCAAAAGGAAAACGACGCAGCAAAUAGACUUGGUAUGAAAAAACUGGGGCAUGUUCGACCCCCGAGACUUUUUCUGCUGCUUUGUCGCAGCUUUGCUCUAGCACUCCGAGUGAGUUAUGUAUGAAUUGUUACUGGGAUUUCUCUUGUUUUAGAAACAGUUCUAACAGUUCUUUUAGAGCAAGCUCAGAAACUAUUUUGAUGUUUUUUUUUUUAUUAUUAUUUCAUUGCUAUGUGAAAUGUAAGUGUUGAAAUGAUGGUGCAGUUGUUUGGUAUUAGCUGGUCUGGUACCUCCAUACUUCAGUGUUGUAAAUUUCCGUAGUCUCAUUUUAUAUCGCAUUAAAGAUUAUUUUUAUGUCUCGGAACAUGUGGUUGAGCAUGUUCGUCUGAUCAUAGGGACAUAGGGUCAGUAAAUGCUUAUUUACAUUUGUGUCUGUCGUCUACCAUAUAUGAAGUAUAAAAUUGGCCCGACUUUUUCGCGGCCAGCAUUUUAAGUGAAGGGUAUUCCAUCUUAUAGCAUUGCAUACUGCAUGCAAGCACUCAAUCUGACUCAUGCACACUAUCUCGCUGUUCUUCUGUUGGACUAAUGCUCUCAGCUUUUGUCAGGACACUCUUUUGUGUGCUUUUGUUCAUGUGGCCUGUCUGUACAAUUUGCAGUCUUGAUUGUGUGUUACAUAGGAACAGGCUAAGUAUUGCUUUUCUGUUCUAAGUUGUGUGUGUGUGAGUGAUUCGAGAGCUGAAUGUGUUACAUUUGCCUAGUUAUGGCACUGCUUUUAAGCUUUCAUAAGCUGCUUAAAACGGCAACUGAAAUGUUGCCCUCUGAAUGAACAGAGUAUUUCCAGUCCCUGGCUUCUCGCUGAGGUGUAGUGUGUUCUUUUGUUGCACAAAAAGCAAUACUUGUGAAACCUGUGAAUGAGUUUCUCUCCUCUUUUAAAGUGCUGUCUUCACGUGAAGCUGUGAGCUAUUGUCUGCGAUAGGAUUUUCUCAAGUACUACCUCCCAUUAUAGUUCUAAUUCUUCUUAAAUACCCAACUACGGAUUACAAAGACUCAACAUAUACAAUCUCUUUGACGUACACAGGUCCUUACAAGGAAACGGUUGCCCCUGAUCUAUAUUUCUUCAUGUUUUGCCCAUUCGAAACAGUCAGUCAUUAACACUUCCUCAAUGAAAACGCAUCUUCGACUGAUUUUUAAGAGCUACGUGGAGUUAAAGUCCAUGUGUGGUGCAUUUGGCUGAGCUCACACAUACUGAUCUUCCUGUUACUGUACUUACAUUCCUGUUAGACGUGAUUACAGUGGGUGUGGGCACCAGAGACUUUGGCUGCUGGCAGCUGGUGAAUGAGAUGUUUUAUUAUUCUAUAUUGUUUCCAGAACCAUCGUGAUAACUCAGUAAAUGUAGCAAGUGCCAUGCAAUUUAAAAAGGGGGAAAGUAAGACUAUUAAAACAUGCUGUUUGGAAGCUGUAAGGUCAAGUACAGCUUUCCACCUCACAGGAUUUUGAACUCAUUUGAUGCCAUGGUUUUUACCCUUUAUUUUACCAGUUUGUGUAUGAGGAAAUGUUUACAGUAUACCUUAUUUUCCUUUAGCAGUCUUACUUAAAAAAAAAAAAAAUGAAAUGAAAUGAAGGCAAGUUCAAGAAGAAAUAGACAUCUCUGCUGUGUUGUGUAUGUUAGUGUGUGUGUGUGUGUGUAUAUAUAUAUAUAUAUAUAAGCAAAGUGCACUGAGAAAACAGUAUGUUGUGAUGUGUAAAAGUAUUUAACAUUGUCCUUUUAACUAAACUGAAUAGUUUUUAGUCUAUUGUAUCCUGUAAAGUAAUAAAAAUAAAUACUUAUUUAUGAAUCAAGUUUGUCUUUAUCUGAUAUUCUAUUUUCAUUUCAUUCUCUGAAGUAUGUUGUAUCUCUGAGAAACGCAGAGAUAUAGCUGUUUUGCCUGUUUUAUCACAUCCACGCCCCUGUGCUCUGCCUCAUUACUAUUGGCCUGGCUCCAGACAGGAGGAAGGUGAACUGUACUUUUGCACUUAAAACCGAUCAUAGAUCAGUUCUGUGGUUGUCUUUAUGGAGAUGAUGGGUUGGUUUGAAGGGAUGCGUGUCUCGGAGCGGUUUUACAGGGCAGCAUCUAGCAAACCUGGGAAUUACUCACAUAGACCGGUAUUUUCUGCCUUGCUGAUCGAGGAAAAUGCUGUUUCUCUGGUCUGGGUUUUUUUUUUUUUUUUUGCAUAAAGGCCUAGGAUGAAACGAUAAGCAGCUGACAGGAGUGAACAAUAAGUUCCCUGUAUGUCACAAAUCAUUCAAUUGAAUAUACUAAAUAACUUUAAAAAAAAAUUAAAUUAACCAUAACUGUGACCACCUAGAAUGUCACAUAGUCUGUUAUUGCUUUAGCUUCUGGCUUUUUGAAAUUGAAAUUUGAAUUACUUCUGAAUUGUACUUUUUCAUGUUAAUGUGAUGAACCUUUUCUACUCUACAAAUUUGGCUCAAAUUGCAGGAAAUAAAGUCAUCCUGUUCACCUUC